UUUUGCUUCAAAAAGUGCGGCCCCCACAAAAUAUUAUGUGUGUAAGAAACUUUUUUGUGUCAUGUUAAAUGAUGAAUGCAAACUCCAAUAUUUAUACACAUUAUCAUUUUGGUCAUAUUUUUAUUUUUCUUUUUAAAAUAAAAAUAAAAAUAAACAUUGACUUCUCAUGUGCCAACUUAAGACGUUUUUGUUCGUCUUCUACGGAGUGACUUCGGGUAAGAAGCCCAGAGAGAAGCGGAACCCGGCGGUGAAAAGAUAACAUUAACAUUAACACACGGAGUGACUAUGUUGAACACAACAACGAGGUAUGCACUUUCCAUAUUCCCCUUCUCUCUGAGAUGCACUCACUCUUCCACUGCUUCUGUGUCUUUCAGGUUAUAUUCUCAUUCUCAUUCUCAUAACAUUGAUGAUGCUAUCUCCUCUUUCAUGUCCUCUCGCUAAGCGUCAUCCUCCCUCUGUAAUUGAAUUUAACAAGAUUUUGGGAUCUAUUGUUAAGAUGAAAGCAUACCCUACUGCUAUUUCACUUUUUGAUCUGAUGGAAUCUAAAGGUAUCACUCCUUGCAUUUUUAGUUUGAACAUCUUGAUCAAUUGUUAUUGCCACUCGGGUCGGAUGGAUUUUUCUUUUUCUGUUUUGGGUAAGAUUAUCAAGAUGGGUUACGAAAUGGAUACCAUAACUUUGAAUACGCUCAUGAAUGGACUCUGUCUAAAUGGAAAGACUAGGGAAGCUCUGGAAUUUCAUGACAGGGUAAGAGCAUUAGGGUUUCUGCUUAAUGGGGUUAGUUAUGGGACAUUGAUCAAUGGGUUAUGUAAAAUGGGAGAAGCAAGAGCUGCCAUUGAGUUGCUGCAAAAGCUGGAGCGGCUACAUGUUAGGCCUGAUCUAGUCAUGUACAAUACAAUCAUUGAUGGGUUAUGCAAAGAUGGGCUUUUAACUGAGGCAAACAUUUUGUUUUCUCAGGCAAUUGCCCAGGGAAUUUCUCCUAAUGUAGUCACGUACAAUUCUCUAAUUCAUGGUUUCUGCUGUGCCGGUCAAUUGAAAGAAGCAACUCGAUUGCUGAAUGAAAUGGUUCAACAAAACAUCAACCCAGAUGUAUAUACACUUAACGUUUUGAUUGAUGCGUUAUGUAAAGAAGGAAGAAUGAUAGAAGCCCAAAAGAUAUUUGAUACGAUGUUGGAAAGAGGUCCUAAGCCUGAUGUUGUCACCCACAAUGCUUUGAUGGAUGGAUACUUUUUAAUCAAAAAAGUGAGUGAGGCAACAAAGCUAUUUCGUGAUAUGGACAAUUUGACACCAGAUGUUAAUAGUUAUAGCAUUAUGAUUGAUGGAUAUUGCAAAAAUAACAGGAUAGAUGAAGCCGUAACUUUCUUUAAAGAAAUGCGUCGCAACAGUUUAGUUCCAGAUACUGUAUCAUACAAUUCUCUUAUUGAUGGCUUGUGCAAAUCUGGGAGAAUAACAUGUGUGCAAGAUAUUUUAGAUGAGAUGCAUCAAAAUGGUCAAGCCCUUAAUUUAAUUACUUACUGUAUCUUGUUAGAUGCUCUAUGCAAAGCCCAACACCUUGAUGAGGCAAUUGCAUUAUUUAAGCAAAUUAUUAACAAAGGAAUACGUCCAAAUAUGUAUGUGUACAAUAUUCUUCUGAAUGGUUUGUGCAAAGGUGGAAGACUAAAGACUGCAGAAGAUAUUUUUCAGCAUCUUUUGAUCCAUGGCUAUCGUCUAAAUGUUUGGACUUAUAAUAUUAUGAUCAAUGGGUUCGGUAAACAUGGCUUGUUUGAUGAAGCAACGGCUUUACUUUCAAAAAUGAAAGGCAAUGGUUGCCUGCCUGAUGCUGUAACUUAUGAAACAAUUAUUCGUGCUCUUUUAAAUAAAAAUGAGACAGAAAAGGCAGAGAAGCUUCUCCAUGAAAUGAUCAGUAUAGGCCUACUAAAGAGAGAGAACAAGGAUUCAAUGUCUAAUAUUCCCUUGGAGGUGGAACAGAUUCUUGGAUAGGAACUAUGUUCCUCUAAAAGAUUAUAAAUUCUAUCGAAUAUUAUGUACAUUCUCAAUCCUUCUAUCUCCAAAUGAAUGGUGUUUCUUGUCUCUUGAUAUUCACAAUGAGCUGAGUAGUGGUAUGGGGAAGCUGGCUGUGAACUAAGACUAUUGUUUUAGAGUGGAUAUUUAUUUCCCCUCUAGCAUAUUAAGAAUUGCAAAAGUAUCAUUUACUUUCUUUGCUUAGCUGUCCCAAGGAAUGUACGCCUUUGGAUUGGUUAAAAAAUUGGGCUUGGUGUAGAGCAACAUUAGUCUUUACUAGGGAAAUAUUAUUGCUAGUCACAUUUA